AUGGUUAAAGAAACUAAGUUUUACGAUAUUCUAGGUGUUUCAGUCACUGCCACUGAUGUCGAAAUUAAGAAAGCUUAUAGAAAGUGCGCCUUAAAAUACCAUCCAGAUAAGAAUCCAAGUGAGGAGGCCGCAGAAAAGUUUAAAGAAGCUUCAUCAGCCUAUGAAAUUUUAUCAGAUUCUGAAAAGAGAGAGGUAUAUGAUCAAUUUGGUGAAGAAGGUCUAAGUGGUGCUGGUGGCGCUGGCGGGUUCCCAGGCGGUGGAUUUGGUUUUGGUGACGAUAUCUUUUCACAAUUCUUUGGUGCUGGAGGCGCACAAAGGCCAAGAGGUCCCCAAAGAGGUAAAGACAUCAAGCAUGAAAUUUCAGCCUCUCUUGAAGAGUUGUAUAAGGGUAGGACCGCUAAGUUAGCCCUAAACAAACAGAUUUUAUGUAAAGAAUGUGAAGGUCGUGGUGGUAAGAAAGGUGCCGUCAAGAAGUGUAGCAGCUGUAAUGGGCAAGGUAUUAAAUUCGUAACAAGACAAAUGGGUCCAAUGAUCCAAAGAUUCCAAACAGAAUGUGAUGUCUGUCACGGUACUGGUGAUAUCGUUGAUCCUAAGGACCGUUGUAAAUCCUGUAAUGGUAAGAAAGUCGAAAACGAAAGAAAGAUCUUGGAAGUCCACGUUGAACCAGGUAUGAAAGACGGCCAAAGAAUUGUUUUCAAGGGUGAAGCUGACCAAGCCCCAGAUGUCAUUCCAGGUGAUGUUGUCUUUAUAGUUUCCGAGAGACCACAUAAGAACUUUAAGAGAGAUGGUGAUGAUUUAGUAUAUGAGGCUGAAAUUGAUCUAUUGACUGCUAUUGCUGGUGGUGAAUUUGCGUUGGAACAUGUUUCCGGUGACUGGUUAAAAGUUGGUAUUGUCCCGGGUGAGGUCAUUGCUCCAGGUAUGCGUAAGGUCAUUGAAGGUAAAGGUAUGCCAGUUCCAAAGUACGGUGGCUAUGGUAACUUGAUCAUCAAGUUUACUAUCAAGUUCCCAGAAAACCAUUUCACAUCAGAAGAAAACUUAAAGAAAUUAGAAGAAAUUUUGCCCCCAAGAAUUGUCCCGGCUAUCCCAAAGAAAGCUACUGUAGACGAAUGUGUACUCGCAGACUUUGACCCAGCCAAAUACAACAGAACACGGGCUUCCAGAGGCGGUGCAAACUAUGAUUCGGAUGAAGAAGAACAAGGUGGCGAAGGUGUUCAAUGUGCAUCUCAGUGA